CCUUCACCUUUUCACUUUAUAUCCCUGAAUCAAACGUGCUUUAUCCGUAUUACAAAUUAUUCUCGUUUCCUUUCUCUACGACGACUAAGAAGCAAACAAAGAUGCAGGAAAACACGAUACUUAGCUAAAAUUGUUGUAGAUUGAUCAGUGAGGAUUUUGAGAAUGGAGGGCUCAGGAGUGAAUCUGGGGGACUACAUGGAUGUGGUGACCACCUACCAUUGUAAGUUCUGUAGCCACACCUGUCAGACAGUCAAAGAUAUGGCCAACCAUGUUCAACAGGACCACCUAUCAGAAAUUGUCCCACUGCCACAGAACUCAGAGACAUCUAAUGUUCCUCAGAGAAGCAAGGAGGUUGGAAAUGUCAUGGUGAUAUCCCAGGAUGCACAAGAAAAAGCUGCACCUGGCCAAAUCCAAAGUGACCUGACUAAAGACUCUGUAGAGACUAGACUAGAUUCUGUUGAAACUGAUGAGCAAAAUGGUGAAACUCUGAAAAGUUCCAAUUCAGCAGAGGUGGAAGACUAUGUAAGUGAAACAAGUAAUAAACUGACAUUUGAUAUAGAUGGAAAGAUUGUGGAAUUGUCUAUUGGAAAUGGAGGCAUGGAAAGUAUUGUGGAACCAGGCCUAAUGAAGGGUGAUGUGCAAGGAUUGGAAGUGUUAGAAUCAGCAGAAAACUUUAUCCCUGAUUUGUCCACACAGGGCUCUCAGCCAAUCACCAAGGAGUUGUUUCUUUGUGGUCAGUGUAACACAGGGUUCACCAGCAUGGAGGACUGUCAAGAUCACAUGUAUAAAGAACACAAUGUGACACUAGAAGAUGGCAAGGUGAGCGUAGGUACACAGGUGGAGACUUCUCGGAAAAAGAAUAAAAAACGCUCGCAAAACGAGGAAGAAGUGAAGGCUGCUGAUUUAAAUGAUUCCGAUGUAGAAUGGACCAUUGAGUCAGAGACACAGUACAUUAGCAAGGGCAGUCGUACUCGUAGCAAAAUCUGUCCCCCAAAAGCACUGAAGAAUGACUAUUACCUUGGAAAGACAAGAACAAGUGAGGCAGGUAAAAACGAACACUCUACCAGACAACCUAAACAUGUACCAAGCUACAGAAACAAAUGUGAUAAAACAGGCUGCAAUGCCAAGUUUCAGACAAAAGAAGCUCUGGAUGUUCACCUGAAAUGCCACACAGAUAAAAUCGAGAUCUUUGAAUGUCCCUUGUGUCAGCACCAGCAGGAAAAAUGGCGAUUAGUGCGCUUGCACUUGUGGAAAGCUCAUCAGAUUGACACGGACUUGCUGACAUGUGAUCAGUGUGACUACAAGAUUGAUACGGCCAGUAGACUUAAGAUUCAUCAAGAGAUACACAGCAAGGAGAAGCCGUAUACCUGUGAUACAUGUGGGAAGCGAUUUCGACAGCUGGCUCAGAUGCGAAAUCAUCAGAUGCUGCAUACAGACAACAAAAAUAGUGACAAAUGGUACAGUGAGCAGGAGUGUAACAUCUGUCACCGUAAGUUUGUGAGCAAGAAAUGUCUACAGGUCCACAUACAGGUGGUGCAUGGGAACCACAAACCUUUCACAUGCACGAUGUGCGAGUACACCACUGCAAGGAAAGCACAGCUGGAACUACACAUGAGAACGCAUACUCAGGAAAAACCAUUCAAGUGUGACGUAUGCAGCUAUGCCUCUACGGACCAUAAUUCCCUGAGACGCCACAAAAUGCGCCACACUGGGCAAAAACCCUAUAAAUGUCCUCAUUGUCCGUACUCCUGCAUACAGGCUAUCUGCUUCAAAACACACAUGAAGAACAAACAUUUUGGUGCUCAAGGAAUUUUCUGUUGUGAAUUGUGUACCUACAAAUCUGUAAAUGAAAAAAAAUAUCUGGAUCAUGUGCGGGAUCACAAAAACGGACUCCUCCCAACUACCUCUGUGGCCAAAAAGAAGCCAGAAAGUGUGACCUUCGCUCCAAGAAUACAAAAUAUAAGUCAAAACAUUCCGCAAAUAGAAAUAGUGAAUGCUAGUGAGCAGGCUCCAGUUUUUGUCGGGAACAAUGUGGAAAAUCCGGGGAAUCAGAUCCAGAUGCAUGUGGAGAUGUCUGAAUCUGGAGAGAGGACUAUAAGGGAGGAAGAUCUUCAAAGACUGAUGAGAGAGGGACUUGUGACCUCAGACAUCACGCAAUUAAUCACCUGUGCCAUGAAUGCCAUAUCUCAAGAGAGUUCCGUGCAGGGAGUGGAAGGCCAGGGAGUGUCAUCCAGCCCCAAUUCUGGCAGAGUCACCACCCACAUGAUCACCUUCCAUCUUCCAUCUUCCAGCACAAAUACAGUUCCGCAGGCGGACCAGAGUGUCAUUACGGUGGAUCCUAUCGCUAGUCAAAAGGAUGAGAAAAAGGAGGCAGCUGUGUAUUUUACGGACAAUCAGGGGGUACUCCUCAACACCAGUGAUAUCCAACUACAGCAGGAGGGCGACUCUAGUUCAGUAUUGUUAAACAUUCAGGGAACUACUGUGCCAGUCAAUCUAAUACAGUUUGCUGCCAAUGAGGCAGAAGUCAAUCAAAAUGCCACAAUUCAGGACUUGGCUCAGAUAAGCUGUCUGGUGAAAGAUUCUGUAUAUAACAGUACAGCUAAUUACAAUAAUAUAGAAUGAAAAAAGUUUUCGAUUAUUCAAACUAUGAAUGGAAAGAAAAAGGAUGUUGCAAUCAAAAUUAAAAGUACGUGG